AUGACUGAGUCUACGCAACGCCGCACCAUUUCAGAGCUAGAUAUCAGUUCUAUGCGUCGUAUUAGUGACGCGUUAUUGCUCGCUCAAAACCGUGCACGGCGUGCUACAGAUCGUGCAAAUCAAACCGAACACAUGUUACAAGUUGUGCUGGCUCAAGUGGAUGUCCCAAGACUCCGAGUCAACUCAAUGGCCGAGUGGGAACUGCUUCGGACUGCUGUCACAUCUAAUUCCUUGUUAGGAAGACCCAGUCCUCGACCAAGAACUACUUUGUUGGUACCGGAUGAUCCAGUGUUUGUUUCUCCUUCUUGCUGCUUCCAAGAGGUGGCAAAGAACGUGGUGAUCAAUUUGAACACUAGGAUGAAUCGCCAGAAACGUUACGUGAAUCAACUGAGACUGCCAAGAUUCCACUUUUUAAUUUGGUGUCACAAGAAGAGAGACUUCGUUGGUCCUGUUCAUUUUGUGGCUGGCUUUCUAGCUGGAGUUGUAGUUGGUGUCAUAUUGACGAAGCAAUGGCAAUUGCAGCUUCGACACACAUAUCAAGAGACACCGUCACUUUUCAGCAAACUGGCAAAAUGGUGUCGUCGACGAGCAUUUGUAGCUCGAACACCGCGGCAUUUGAUCCCAAUGCCAAUGAACGAGUACAGUUACCUGAUGCAUUCUGCAAUGGUCGAAGUUGGGUGA